AUGGACAACCACUCGUACAACUUCCCCUCGGACUGCACGCCGCUCACCAACUGCAAGUCGGCCCGCAAGCCGGCCGGCUCCACCGUGGUGAACAUGGACGCCGGCAACAGCCCUCCCCGCGACUAUCUGGUGUGGUCGCUGUGCAACACCUUGUACGUGAACUUCUGCUGCCUGGGGUUCAUGGCGCUCGUCUACUCCAUCAAGGCCAGGGACCAGAAGACUCAGGGCAACCUGCAGCUGGCCCAGGAGUGUUCAGACAAGGCCAAGUGGUACAACAUCCUGGCGGGCGGCUGGAACCUGCUGAUCCCCCUCCUGGCCGUGGGCCUGCUCGUCCUCCUGCUCGUCCACCUGGGCUCCUCCCAGGGCUCUUUCGACUUUUUCGGGGAGGACGGCUUCCAAAACUUCAUGAAGCUGUUUAGCUGGUAG